AUGGAAUACUUAUCAAGGAAGCUAGGUUCUCUAACAGCUGACAGGAAUUUCAAAUUCCACCCAAGAUGCUCAAAGUUGAAAAUAACACAUUUGGUGUUUGCAGAUGACUUACUACUGUUUAGUAGAGCUGACUUGUGUUCAAUUAUGAAGAUUUCUGCAUGCUUUCAGGAAUUCAGUUUGGUCUCAGGAUUAGAAGCUAAUCCUGAAAAAUGCUCAGUCUAUUUUAGUGGUAUUGAAGAUAAUCUCAAAUAUAAUCUCAAAUACCAGAUCUGUGAUUUUCUGGGAUUUAAAGAAGGAGUGCUUCCAAUGAAGUACCUUGGAUUGCCUCUAAACACAAAGAGACUCUCAUAUUUGGACUGUUCUUCCCUUAUUGGCAAAAUUCAAAAUCAAUUCCAAUUUUGGCAAAAGAAUAGGAAACUUUCAUAUGCUGGGAAACUUGAGAUGAUUAAAUCAGUCAUCCUAGGCAUUCAGACUUUUUGGAUGAGUAACUAUAUUCUGCCUAUCAAGGUCUUGGAAAAAAUAGAUAACCUUUGCUCUGGUUUUCUUUGGAGUCAAAAAAUUCAUCUGACUUCCUGGGGUACAAUCUGCCAGGGAAAGGAGCACGGUGGGUUAGGAAUCUUUGCAGCAAGGGAAUGGAACUAUGCUGCAGCUGCAAAGCUUUUAUGGAUGGUGCACCUCAAGAAGGAUCUGUUAUGGAUACAUGAAAAUUACUUGAAAAAUCAAAAUAUCUGGAUUAUUCAACCAAGGGUGAAUGACUCAUGGAUGUGGAAAAAGCUUCUUAAAGUGAGAUAUAUAUUGGUUAGUAAGUUUGGAAAUGUUGAAGGUAUGAAGAAUACUAUAAAUGGGUGCUGUUAUAUUGGCAAGGUUCUCCUCUCUACCAUGUACAGAUCAUUAAUUCAGCCAGCUCCACGGGUAAUUUGGCAUAAUACAGUUUUGGAUGGUUUUCUGUAUCCAAAGCACUCUUUCACCCUAUGGUUAACUUGUCAUUCAAGGCUUCUCACUAAGGAUAGGCUUUGCCGAAUGGGGAUAUUAAACACAAAUCUGAGCAAUUGUAUGCUAUGUCAGUGGCAACAAAUGGAAACAUAA